AAUAGUCUUUACAAAUCAGUUGUUUUACAAACGUUCAAAAAGCAGGACAGUGGAAUUUUCUAAAUAUUUUACUUUAAACAUUUCUUUAGUGCUUAUUGAUUUAUUUCUUUCCCACAACAGACACCUUUUUAAAUAAUUUAAUAUACACAUUUUUUGUUUAUUUCAAAGUUCAUUGUGUUUCAAUUUAUAUUUCUUUUAUUUUACUAUUAAUUUGAAAUUAUAAAACAUUUCUUUUAAAACAAAAUAAGAAAUAAAACAAAAAUAUGCAGAUUAAAGUUUUACCAACACUAUUAAUGUCAACAAGAUUUUUGCGUUAUGGAAAUCGUUCACCCGUAUAUCCAACGGCAGCAAACUCAUAUAGCCCCUCUCAUGGCCAAACAACACCAAACGAGCAACACUUUUAUAAAACAACAAUACCAAUAAACGAGCAACAACAGCACCAUCACCAUCAGCACUGUAGUAAUAAAAUCAAUGGAAAUGGCACACUCCAAACAGCUGAUCAACAGCUAAGAGAAACAACAGCUGCUGGUUGUGCCAGUAGUGGUUGUCAUUGUAGUUGUGGCUAUAGUGACGUCACAACCAAUACACAAUCUGGGGUUUCCUCACCAUCGCCAAAAACUUGUCAUUGUAUGAAUAGAAAUGCGAACACCACCACUAUUAUGUCUACUAUGCGCAAUAGCCAAGCGAAUGGAAAUCAUACGACUACACCAUUAGCAACAACAACUACCACAACCACCACUAUUGAAUAUGAGUUGUCGAACGGUGUUGCUAAGCUUUGUAAAAUCAGUACUAGUCGUAUCGCCGCCGAGCAACAACCAAACCAGUCGCUAGACACCGUUAACAAUAGUGUUUUAAAUUUUACUACAACAGCAGCAGCUGAAUCAUUGUCGGGAAAAGAAUUCACUGAAAAGGAAAACGAGAAAACUACUUCCAAUUUACCGCUUCUAACUCCAGCGGAUCUUAAGGAUUUAACACGAAAUGUUAAUGCUAUAAACGCCUUCAAUCAAAAUUUACGUUAUUCAUUCUUAAAAACUCCUCAAAUAAAUCUACAACAAAGCGCAAAUUUCACCAUGUCUUGCACAAAUAAUGGUUCCUUGAAUAAUGCUGCCCGAGAUCGUUUAGGUCUAUGGGGCUGUGGUGGUGAUAAUGAUGUACCUGGCAGUGUUUCCGGUCUGGAACGUUUGCAGAAAAAGAAAUAUAACAAGGGUCUUGCAUUUUCCCUUGAAGAACGUCAAAUCUUAGGCAUACAAGGCCUUCUGCCAGCCAGAGUUAAAACCGAAGAUGAACAAGUUCAACACAGUUUGCUAUUGCUCGACCGUUUGGAGAAUGAUCUGGACAAGUACAUGUAUUUGAAUAACUUGGCCGAACGCAAUGAACGUUUAUUCUAUAAAGUCCUAUCGUCAGAUGUUGCUAAAAUGAUGCCAUUAGUCUAUACGCCCACAGUAGGCUUAGCCUGUCAAAAAUUCAGUUUAAUCUUUCAAUAUCCCAAGGGCAUGUAUAUAACAAUUAACGAUAAAGGACAUGUUUAUGAUGUUUUAAAGAACUGGCCCGAAACAGAUGUUCGCGCUAUUGUUGUUACCGAUGGUGAGCGUAUUUUGGGUUUAGGUGAUUUGGGUGCCAAUGGUAUGGGUAUUCCUGUGGGUAAACUAUCACUUUAUACCGCUUUGGCUGGCAUCAAACCCCACCAAUGUCUACCCAUCACUUUGGAUGUUGGCACAAACACCGAAAGUAUUUUGAAUGAUCCUUUAUAUAUUGGUUUGAGACAAAGGCGUGUCACCGGCCCAGAAUAUGAUGAAUUCAUUGAGGAAUUUAUGACCUCGGCCGUUCGUCGUUUCGGACAAAAUUGUUUAAUACAAUUCGAAGAUUUUGCUAAUGCUAAUGCUUUCCGCUUGUUAAAAAAAUAUCGCCACGAUUAUUGCACUUUCAAUGAUGACAUUCAGGGUACUGCCUCUGUAGCUGUGGGAGGUCUGUUGGCUUCACUGAAAAUCAAGAACACUCAAUUGAAAGAGAACAAAAUUUUAUUCCUCGGUGCUGGUGAGGCGGCUUUGGGUAUUGCCAACUUAUGUUUAAUGGCUUUAAUGAAAGAAGGCCUUUCGGAAGCCGAAGCUAAAGAAUGCAUUUGGAUGGUUGAUAGUAAGGGCUUGAUUGUUAAAGAUCGUCCAGCCGGUGGUAUUACCGAGCACAAGCUACACUUUGCUCAAGACUAUGAACCAAUCGAUACUCUGGCUGAGGCUGUUGAGAAACUAAGACCUUCGGUACUCAUUGGUGCAGCUGCCAUUGGCGGUGCUUUCACCAAGGAGAUACUUGAAAUGAUGGCCGACUUCAAUGAUAUGCCCAUAAUAUUUGCCUUAUCUAAUCCCACCAGCAAAGCCGAAUGUACAGCCGAACAGGCUUACACCUAUACCAAAGGCAAAUGUAUUUUUGCCUCUGGUUCACCUUUUGAUCCCGUGGAGUACAACGGCAAAACAUUCUAUCCCGGUCAGGGUAAUAAUUCAUAUAUAUUCCCUGGUGUUGCUUUGGGUGUUCUCUGUGCCGGUAUGUUGACCAUACCGGAAGAAGUGUUCCUAAUGUCAGCUGAACGCUUGGCAGACCUAUGCGAACCAGAAGAUUUGGCCAAAGGCAGUCUAUAUCCACCUCUAAGCAAAAUUACAGAAUGUUCCAUUGAAAUUGCUGCGUAUAUUAUGGAAUACGCCUACAAAAAUGGUUUGGCAACUGUACGUCCUGAACCCGAAAACAAACGUGACUUUAUUAAAUCGCAAAUGUACGAUUUAUCAUAUUCAUCAUCUAUACCAGAAGUUUAUGCAUGGAGCCAUAAACUUUAAAUCAUACUACUAUUUAAUCUAUUAUUACUUAUAAACAAAAGUCUAAUUUAUGUAUGUGUGUAAAAAUUGUGUAAAUUAAUCAAAUUAAAAAGUCUACAAUGCAAAAAAAGUCAAUAUUGAACUUACACUUUAUGAGGAACAUUUUAACUUUAGAACUUUAGUAGUAUUGUUUUAUUUCAUUAUUUUUUUAGUUAUAAAAUACAAUUGAAAUGAUUUUAUUUAAUAUUUUUAUUUGUAAUUCUUAUUAUGGUUAACGACAACCUUAUCAUUCCAUUUUUGUUUUUUCUUUUUAUUUAAUUAAUUUUUUAACUUGAAUGCUACAAGUAUGUAGUUUAAAUUUUUUAUAUUGUUGAAAUUAUUUGUUAAUUUUAUAAUUUUUCUUAUUUUAUGUAAGGGUAUGAUGAUGCUAUUUGAUAUUAAAUAAUUUAUUAGAAUAAAACUCAAAAACAAAUA